AACUCGAGGAUAAGCUCAAUUAUCUUUUUAAUUUUCACCGUGUAAUAUUAUAAACUCUCGUUUGAGACACUCCUCGACUUUCGAGCUACAUCAAGUGGUUAACUCUUCGAUUGACUUACUGCUUUUCAUAUUACGCUGCAGCCUACGUCUCGACCCCCUCUGCUCAGACAAUCGGUCGCCCUUUGCUAGAUCCUUUGAAUGGCAGUCGCACACGAUUCGCGACUGUCCGGAUAUACUAUACGGAACUUUAGGAAGCGCAUAAUUCAUCUCCGCGGGUUAUUCUAGAACAGGUGGAGUUUAUCUUGACACAUGCCGCCUCCCAGGACGAGAGCGGAGGUUCAAGCUCAGAAACAAAAGGAGAAGCUCGCCCAGUCCUACCAUGAAUUGCUGGAGGAGUUCUCGUCCAAGGAUCUUCGGAGUGUAGGGAACUAUACCCUAGGAAGGCUAAUCGGGAAAGGCUCCUUUGGCAAGGUGUACCUUGCGUCCCAUAAGCUCACUAAUGGAUCCAAGGUUGUGCUUAAGUCCUCAAGCAGGGAAGACACAAAUCUGCCGCGCGAGAUCCAUCACCACCGCCAGUUUCUACAUCCGCACAUUGCCCGCCUCUAUGAAGUUAUCGUGACGGAAAGGCUGGUUUGGUUGGUGCUCGAAUAUUGUCCAGGCGACGAACUGUAUAAUUACCUUCUUCAUCAUGGUCCACUACCUGUCGACAAAGUCAAGAGGAUCUUCUCACAGCUUGUCGGUGCCGUUGCCUAUGUCCACAGCAAAUCCUGUGUCCACCGGGAUUUAAAACUAGAGAAUAUUCUACUCGAUAAGCAUGAGAAUGUCAAGCUCUGCGAUUUUGGGUUCACUCGAGAGUACGAAGGCAAAGCAAGUUACCUGCAGACAUUCUGUGGCACGAUAUGUUAUAGUGCUCCGGAAAUGUUGAAGGGUGAGAAGUAUGCAGGGGAAAAGGUUGAUGUGUGGAGCUUGGGCAUCAUUUUAUAUGCUCUUCUCGCUGGAGAGCUCCCUUUUGAUGAGGAUGAUGACCAAGUCACUAAGGCACGAAUCCUCACAGAGGAUCCUGUCUAUAAUGACAAAUUCCCAGAUGAUGCAAAGAUACUCAUAAAUUCUUUAUUAUCGAAGCGACCGCUAAUCCGCCCGAGCCUAGAUGAAAUUUUGGCGCAUCCGUUUCUCGCAGAAAAUGCUCCAGAACAACUAGCGAUUUUGAAAAUCCCGCGACCUGCUCCUUUCACUACACCUCUAGAGAAGACAACCUUACAACGUAUGAAAAGUGCCGGUGUUAAUAUCGAUGAGGUGGUUGACAGCGUCCUCGCUCAGCGAUGCGACCCUCUUGCCGGGUGGUGGGCGUUGUUGAUAGAAAAGGAGCAACGGAAGGAGCAAAAGCGAGAGCGUAAGCGACGGGAACGAGAAGCUGAGGCGAAGAAUAUUCGUCGUCUGAGUGCGGCCAGCAGCCGGCUAGAGAAAAUUUCAGCGGCUCUUGUCGAGGUUGAUGAGGAGGGGCACGCCUCUCCGAAUGCGCCUCUACAAGAGCGUGGGCGCAGAGAUCGGCGGAGCUUACCUUCGCAGCUCGCCGUCCCUGAACUGCCUAGCCUACCGGAGCCAGUUCCUGUACAGUCACCAGCUUCUAGUACUCCACCUCCCCCCGUUGACAAAGACUCUGUUCGGUCUGCUAGUUCUACCCGACGCCGGCCAUUACCACCUCCCAAAGACAGGAAGCGCUCAAGCAGGCCAAGUACGUUGCAUGUAAGUGCGUCCCAGCCUGAGUUAACCCAGCACAAUGGGAUCUUCAGACGUCGCACUGGACGCCGCCAGUAUCCGAUACUCAGUCAACUAGCAUCCCUUAAACAUUGGUUCGUCGAGUCAGCGAAGAGAGCCAAGUCUCCCCAUGGCAAAGCAGCUGGCGCUCAAGGCGCCCAUCGCAAGUUUCUCUCGGAAAAGCUGAGUCCUUCGAAGGGACAGGAUGCUGGGAAAAAGUCCGCACAGCCUCCUUCGACCGUUGCUGCGACGGGAGAAAUAUCGACGCCUACGCAAAUAAAGCGCACAUCCAACGCUAGCAGUCUAGCCCGAAGUAGCGCAUCUUAUCCUAACCAUCGCCACUCUUAUCCUCGUCAGGCUCGGCCUGUAAGCACCAAUGCAAGUCACCGAAACUCCUUGUCUCCCUCUCCCAUCACGCCCAGGGGUUCCUACAGGCGAUCUUCUGCGGGUUUGCGAGGCCGCAAGUCUACCUCCUCUUCAAUUUCCUCCAUCCGCAGCAUACACCACACACACACGCAUUCGAAGGCUUCGUCUGUCUCGUCGAACAGCAUCGGCUCAACAUCAACACCAACAGCUCGGGCCUCAAGAUCCCCCCAUUCCUCCGUCAAAGUACUUCCCACUACGCCGAGUGCCUCGUCCCGUUUUCCUAGUAAUAUCCGCUUAGUUCGAGGCACAAAUACUGGCUUCCACGAGGCGAAUGAGCCUAAUGGCAGGAUGACUUCCUUAUUCAAUGAGUCAGCGCCCGCACCUUUGUUGUAUUCGCCGUCGUCGAGUCUUGUAUUCGCACGCCGCAAGAAAUCUGCGUUCAAGGGCCCCAUGGUUCACACUGCAAAUCUUAUGGUCUCUGGUGGCAUGUCUGCCCCGGAGUUUCCCCGUAGUGGCGUUAGCACCGGGGAGACUUCCUCCAGCGCCGCUCGACCUGUGGCACGAAAGAGCCAAAUCAUAGAGGAAGACAUAGAGGAAGAUGAGGAUAUAGAAGAAGUUGACGCAUUUACGGGCACAGAAGAGGAGCCUGGAUCGCCGACUGAAAUAAAGACAGACGAACACUCAGGGUUGGAGUAUACUGGUGACUUAUCUGGACGAAACUGCAGGCCAGUUCUUGCCCCUGCUCCUGAUCUUGACACUAGCCCAUUGCGUCCCCCGCGUUCAUCCUCACUUAAAUCAUCACAGCUGGAGGCAGCAGCUGGCAGUUCCCCGAGAUCAGUACGUUCCGGCAAGAGAACCGUGACUUAAUAAUGAAGAAUCACUCCUUUCAUUAUGUCGGUUGGCAUUUUCGGUUUCUUUCAUGUUUUACAUAAUUUACCUUAUACCCCUGCGGCUAUGCGGCGCUAGUUUCUUUGCUUGGGCAUCUCUGGUCUGGGUAAAAGGUGAUGGAUUUGAAUGCUUUCUUCUUU